AAAAUUCAAAGACGUGCUGAGCUGUUACCAUUCCAUUUCUGAAUUCCUUGGCUCGGCCAUCGCCUCUGUUCCUUCUUAUUACCUUCCUAACCUUUUCUGCAAGCUGUAAACGAAUGGGGAGCUCAUUUGGACACAUCUUGGCUUUCCUUCAACUCAUUCUUCCUUUGGAUAGUUCUCGUAUAAGUUGUCACCGAAUGUCACAAUGAUUUAGAGAAAGCCACUGCUGCAUUCUUCACCACGCGUCUUCUUUCGCUCUUUCCAAGUAUUUUUCUUCUUCUUCUUCUUCUUUCUUUUCACUUUCUCCGACAAUGAGAUCAGAAUCAUAGCCAUUUUGUUCUUCCCCUUUUUCCCUUUGGUGGGUAUUUCCCCAUUUUCCGAUCGGUUUGAGAUUUUGGGUCUUCAAGGGGUUUGGGAGGAGGAAAAUCGGUUUUCUUCAACUGGGGUUUUGAGAUCGCAGUUUAAAAAUGGCUCCCUCGUUUGAUUGGUGGGGAAAAGACACUCACAGAGGAACCCCUGUUGUUGUCAAGAUGGAGAAUCCAAACUGGUCGAUGGUUGAGCUGGAGGGUCCGUCGGAGGAUGAUUUUCUCAUCGCUGGUGAGUCGCCAACGGGUCGGACUAGAGAGAAAGGCAGAGGAAAAAACGCUAAGCAACUCACGUGGGUUCUCCUCCUCAAGGCUCACAGGGCCGCCGGUUGUUUAACCUCCAUUGGCUCUGCAAUGGUGGACCUCGCCGCCGCCGUUAGACGCCGUGUUGCUUCUGGACGGACUGAUGAGGACGACGCCGACAAUGACGUAACUGUCGGAGGUAGAGAGAAAGAGAAUCCGACUGUGAAAACGAGGUUCUAUUCUUGUAUUAAGGUGUUUCUAUGGCUGUCGGUGCUUCUGUUGGGUUUUGAGAUUGCGGCUUUCUUUAAGGGUUGGCAUUUUGGUUCUCCAAAGCUUCAAUUGGAUUAUCUCUGGACAUCGCCUUGGGGUUUUAAAGGAGUUUUUGGUUGGAUUUACUCUCAGUGGGUAUUGAUUCGAGUGGAUUAUUUAGCUCCUCCUCUACAGUUCUUAGCCAAUGCUUGUAUUAUACUGUUCAUCAUUCAGAGCUUGGAUCGUUUAAUAUUAUGUUUCGGUUGUUUCUGGAUCCGAUUCAAGAAAAUCCAACCAGUUCUUAAACCUGGAGCUGAAGAUCUUGAAUCCGGGGAGAAGGGCUAUUUCCCAAUGGUACUUGUUCAGAUCCCCAUGUGCAAUGAAAAAGAGGUUUAUCAGCAAUCAAUUGCUGCUAUCUGCAACUUGGACUGGCCAAAAACCAAGCUGCUGAUUCAAGUUCUUGAUGAUUCUGAUGAUCCAACUACCCAGUUGUUGAUUAAAGAGGAGGUUCAUAAAUGGCAGCAAGAGGGUGCCAACAUUAUUUAUCGUCAUAGGAUCAUUAGAGAUGGUUAUAAGGCUGGCAACCUCAAAUCCGCCAUGAAUUGUAGCUAUGUCAAAGAUUACGAAUUCGUUGCCAUUUUCGAUGCCGAUUUUCAGCCCACACCUGAUUUCCUUAAAAGAACCGUUCCUCAUUUCAAGGACAAUGAAGAGUUGGGGCUGGUUCAAGCAAGGUGGUCUUUUGUGAACAGGGAUGAGAACUUGCUAACCAGGCUGCAGAACAUCAAUUUAGCUUUCCAUUUUGAAGUAGAGCAGCAAGUGAACAGUGUCUUCCUCAACUUCUUUGGAUUCAAUGGCACUGCUGGUGUGUGGAGGAUCAAAGCUCUGGAGGACGCUGGUGGAUGGUUGGAAAGGACCACUGUCGAGGACAUGGAUAUCGCGGUUCGUGCUCAUCUUCAUGGAUGGAAAUUCAUAUUCCUAAACGAUGUCGAGUGCCAGUGUGAACUACCAGAAUCUUAUGAAGCUUAUAGAAAGCAGCAACAUAGAUGGCAUUCUGGCCCAAUGCAAUUGUUUCGCCUUUGUUUGCCUGCUAUUGUUCGAUCAAAGAUUAGUGUAUGGAAGAAGUUCAACUUGAUCUUCCUCUUCUUUUUGCUCAGAAAAUUGAUCCUGCCCUUCUAUUCUUUCACACUUUUCUGCAUAAUUCUCCCAAUGACAAUGUUUGUUCCCGAGGCAGAGCUACCCGCUUGGGUCGUUUGCUAUAUCCCGGCCACCAUGUCAUUCCUAAACAUCCUGCCUGCCCCAAAAUCCUUCCCUUUCAUUGUCCCUUACCUCCUUUUCGAGAACACUAUGUCAGUCACCAAGUUCAAUGCCAUGAUCUCGGGUCUCUUCCAGCUUGGUAGUGCCUACGAAUGGGUUGUUACAAAGAAAUCUGGCCGUUCCUCGGAAGGCGAUCUCGUCUCCUUGGUGGAGAGAGAGCACAAGCAUCAGAGAGGGGCUUCGGCACCCGACCUAGAAGAGAUGAAAGAAGAAAUUCAGAAGCAAGAGCAGAAAGCUGCUUUACGAAAGAAGCAUAACAGAAUAUACACGAAAGAGCUCGCAUUAGCUUUCCUCCUCCUAACCGCAUCGGCACGGAGCCUUCUAUCUGCACAAGGGAUCCAUUUCUACUUCUUGCUAUUCCAGGGGAUCUCGUUCCUGCUAGUUGGUUUGGACUUGAUCGGCGAACAGAUAGGUUGAUUUGUAAAAAUGAAUGAACUCUGUAGGAACAAAACACAAGGAAAUCAGUAGAGAAAAACAAAUGGUGGGAUGGAAAAAAGACAAACCACAAUGGAAUAACUUGAAGAAAAAGAGAGGCCGUGUAGUGAAAGAUCAACAAGGUCUCAGAAAUGCUUCAACAAUAUAAUUUGUCAGCAUCCUUGUAGUGAAUGUCAAAGUCCAUUUCACCCAAUACAGUCAAGAGAGCAUUAUAUGGAGGACACAAGCAAAAGACAUAAUAUUGGAGAGAGACGCUUAUUUCAUUUGGCGAUGCUCUUCCAGUGUAUGUAUGUAGGCCUUUUUUUUUCUUUUUCUCCUUUUCUCAUAAUGUUGUUUCAAUUCGUUUGUUUUUCAAUACUUCUGUAAGAAAAAUUUGAAAGGAAAUUAGUCCACUGUUGGAAGGAGGUGACAGUAAAAAUUGGUUCAUACUUUAAUGAUAGUUUCCGUCUUCUGGUUGCUUUCAAGCUUUUGGGAAUUGAAUUGGUUGGUUAAGGCAAAA